UUGGCCCUCCAACGAUGUCAGGGUCAUCUCCUUGUAUACAUUCCAACCUUCUUCUUCUGGUCAUCUUUGCAGGUCUUACCCUCAUAAAUGCCGAGAAGAAGGUUUACAUUGUGUACUUUGGAGGUAGACCUGACGACAGACAAGCUGCAGUCCAAACACAACAGGACGUCCUCUCAAAAUGUGAUAUUGUCCAUACUGAGGAAUCCAUAGUCCACAGCUACACCAAAAGCUUCAAUGCAUUAGCUGCUAAGCUGUCUGAAGAUGAAGCCCAAAAGAUUGCAGGAAUGGAGGAGGUUGUUUCUGUUUUUCCAAAUCGGUAUCACAAGCUUCACACAACAAAAUCAUGGGAUUUCAUUGGACUACCUCGAACAGCAAGAAGGCAAUUGAAACAGGAAAGCGACAUUAUUGUGGGGCUACUGGAUACAGGGAUCACGCCGCAGUCAGAGAGCUUUGCAGAUAAUGGGUUCGGUCCGCCCCCGGCAAAAUGGAAGGGGAGUUGUGGCCGCUUUGCUAAUUUCUCAGGAUGUAACAACAAGCUCAUCGGAGCUAAAUACUUCAAGCUGGAUGGCAAGCCUGACCCUAAUGACAUCUUAUCUCCGGUGGACGUUGAGGGUCAUGGCACCCACACAGCCUCGACCGUAGCAGGAAACAUUGUUAAAAACGCAAAUCUUUUCGGGCUGGCGAAAGGGACUGCACGUGGGGCUGUGCCUUCAGCUAGGGUUGCCAUGUACAAGGUAUGUUGGGUCAGCACAGGGUGCUCGGACAUGGACCUUCUUGCUGGAUUUGAGGCAGCCAUUGCUGAUGGCGUGGAUGUUAUCUCCAUCUCUAUUGGUGGGUUUACGUUCAAUUAUGCAGAAGACAUCAUAGCUAUUGGGGCUUUUCAUGCCAUGAAGAAAGGGAUCCUCACCAUUGCUUCUGCUGGAAAUGAUGGACCCGAUGAAAGUACUAUUGUAAAUCAUGCACCAUGGAUUUUGACGGUGGGGGCUAGCGGCAUUGAUCGGAGCUUUACGAGCAAAGUUGUGUUGGGCAAUGGGAAAACGUUCUUGGGUUCUGGACUGAGCGCAUUCGAUCCAAAACAGAAGAACUACCCUCUAGUAAGUGGUGCAGAUAUACCCAAGACCAAGGCGGACAAAGAGAACUCAAGGUUCUGCAUUGAAGACUCAUUGGAUCCCACUAAGGUGAAGGGCAAGCUGGUCUACUGCGAGCUAGAAGAGUGGGGCGUUGAAUCUGUGGUUAAAGGACUUGGAGGGAUUGGAGCUAUUGUUGAAAGCACAGUGUUUCUUGAUACUCCCCAGAUUUUCAUGGCUCCCGGAACUAUGAUUAAUGACACAGUCGGACAAGCCAUUAAUGGUUAUAUACAUUCCACUAAAACACCAUCGGGAGUGAUACAAAGGACCAAGGAAGUAAAAAUCCCGGCCCCAUUUGUGGCUUCAUUCUCAUCGAGAGGCCCAAACCCUGUGAGCCAACACAUACUCAAGCCUGAUGUUGUAGCACCUGGCGUUGACAUAUUGGCGUCCUACACACCUUUGAAGUCACUAACCGGGCUGAAAGGCGACACCCAGUUCUCCAAAUUUACGAUCAUGUCUGGCACUUCCAUGGCGUGUCCACACGUUUCUGGAGUAGCAGCCUAUGUAAAGUCUUUCCACCCGAAGUGGUCUCCUGCUGCCAUCAAAUCCGCCAUUACAACUACUGCAAAACCGAUGAGCAGGAGGGUCAACAAAGAUGGUGAAUUCGCCUAUGGUGCUGGCCAAGUGAACCCUCUAAGAGCUCUGAGCCCCGGCCUCGUCUACGACAUGAAUGAGACGUCUUACAUUCAGUUCCUAUGCCAUGAGGGCCUUAGCGGAAAAUCCAUCGGCGCCAUUGUUGGUUCAAAAUCCGUAAAUUGUUCCUCACUGCUUCCCGGACAUGGCAAUGAUGCUCUCAACUAUCCCACCAUGCAACUAAGCUUGAAAGACAAGAAUGAAACCACAGUGGGCGUUUUCCGGAGGACAGUGACCAAUGUGGGUCCUGCUCAAUCCGUCUAUAAAGCCACAAUUGAAGCUCCCCAAGGGGUGAAAAUAACUGUGACGCCUACCACGCUCGUCUUCUCCCCGACCGUGCAAGCACGAAGAUUCAAGGUUGUGGUGAAGGCAAAACCGAUGGCUAGUAAGAAAAUGGUAUCGGGUUCACUCACAUGGAGAAGCCAUAGACACAUUGUGAGGAGUCCUAUUGUGAUUUAUAAACCAUGAGGAUGAAGGAGACGGCUUGAAAAAUGGAGGAUAUAUACACGCUAAUGUGAUGUAAAAUUUAAUUUCUGUGUUGAUAAUCAUGUGUUGUGUAACACUGAAAUUAAUUACCGUAUUAUGAAUUAAAUAAAAGUCAUUCUUUUAUCAUACAAACUAUU